CACGGUCACAUCAAUUCCAAAACAAACUUAAUUUCACGAGUUUGUAAAAUAAACUUUAGAAAUAAGCCAAAAUGUCGCUAGCCGAUGAGCUUUUAGCCGAUCUCGAAGAAGACAAUGACAAUGAGGUGGAGGAGGAGGAUUCGGAGAUGGCCAGUGCCGAGGACGAGAAAUUGCUGGCGGAGAAGCUGGCCAAGCCGGCUCCCAAUCUGAUGGACGUGGACGUAACCGUGCAGUCGGUGCGAGAACUGUGCAAACUACGGGACUCUGAGCGCCUGAAGAACACACUGCAGCAGAUCGAGCACUAUGCCAGUCGCCAGAGAACUGCAGCCGAAAUGCUGGGAUCCGUGGAAUCCGAUCCGGAGUACUGCCUCAUCGUGGACGCGAAUGCCAUUGCCGUGGACAUUGACAACGAGAUCUCCAUUGUGCACAAGUUCACCAAGGAGAAGUAUCAGAAGCGAUUCCCCGAAUUGGACUCCCUGAUUGUGGGCGAAAUUGAGUACUUGCUGGCUGUCAAGGAGCUGGGCAAUGAUCUGGACCAGGUCAAAAGCAACGAGAAGCUGCAGGCUAUCCUCACGCAGGCCACCAUUAUGAUUGUAUCCGUAACAGCGUCCACCACACAGGGAACCAUGCUGACUCCGGCGGAGAAGGCUAAGAUCGACGAGGCCUGCGAAAUGGCCAUCGAGCUGAACAACUUCAAGUCCAAGAUCUACGAGUAUGUGGAGAGUCGCAUGACCUUCAUAGCACCAAAUCUUUCCAUGAUUGUUGGAGCAUCGACGGCAGCUAAACUCUUGGGCAUAGCUGGUGGUCUUUCCAAACUAUCCAAAAUGCCGGCCUGCAAUGUUCAGGUGUUGGGUGCACAGAAGAAAACCCUCUCGGGCUUCUCACAAACGCAGAUGUUGCCGCACACUGGCUACGUGUACUACUCCCAGAUUGUGCAGGAUACAGCGCCAGAUCUGCGACGCAAGGCAGCUCGCUUGGUGGCCGCCAAGUCCGUGCUGGCUGCUCGUGUGGAUGCCUGUCAUGAGAGUGUCCACGGGGAGAUUGGACUGCGUUUCAAGGAGGAUGUGGAGAAGAAGCUGGACAAGCUGCAGGAGCCGCCGCCGGUGAAGUUCAUAAAGCCACUACCCAAACCAAUCGAGGGAAGCAAGAAGAAGCGAGGAGGCAAACGAGUGCGCAAGAUGAAGGAACGAUACGCGCUGACAGAGUUCCGCAAGCAAGCGAACCGCAUGAAUUUCGGAGACAUCGAAGAGGAUGCCUACCAAGGAGAUCUGGGCUAUUCACGCGGCACCAUCGGUAAAACUGGCACUGGCCGCAUCCGAUUGCCCCAGGUGGAUGAGAAGACCAAGGUGCGCAUUAGCAAAACGUUGCACAAGAAUCUGCAGAAGCAGCAGGUGUACGGCGGCAACACUACUGUCAAACGCCAAAUUUCCGGAACAGCAUCCAGUGUGGCCUUUACGCCACUGCAAGGUCUGGAGAUUGUGAAUCCCCAGGCGGCGGAGCGUUCGCAGACGGAGGCCAAUGCCAAAUACUUUUCAAACACCUCUGGAUUCAUGUCAGUGGGACAGCGGACGACUUAAGAGAACAGCUCUGUCCUUAUUUUCUAUAAAAUUAAGCACUUUUAUUUGGAGAUUUGUCGAAUGUAUAUUGAGUUAGGCGUAGUAAAGCUGCAUAAGAGAUUCUAA